AUGGCGCUCAAAGAUGGCCCCCACGACUACAACCCUUCCCGCUCUGGAGCUCUUAUUAGAGCCUGCCGAAGGCUACCCAUUGUGUGCAAAGACAAUACAAUGCAGUGCCCUGGAGGUGAUCCAAUCCCUGUUCCACAUGAAUGGUACCAGCCAGGUGACCUCCUGAUUGGUGGGAUUGCUUCUCAGAUCUUUUACCAUUCCUCAGAAAUUCAAUUUAAGGAAGAUCCUGCUCAGGAGCUACUUGAGGUUCCACAUAUAGUGACAAAGUUCUAUCAGCACAUCCUGGCCUUGGUGUUUGCCAUUAAGGAGAUCAACGAUGAUCAAAAGAUCUUGCCCAAUGCUACACUUGGGUUCCGCAUCUAUGACAGCUAUUAUGAUGCAAGGAUGACCUAUUGUACCACUUUGGACCUGCUCUUCAAAUCACACAGAUUUGUCCCCAACUACAUAUGUGAUAUCCAGGAAAACCUCAUAGCCGUCAUUGGGGGACUUACAUCUGGCAUAUCUAUCAAUAUGGCAGAGGUCUUAACCCUCUACAAGGUCCCACAGCUCACCUAUGGUUCAUUUGCUGCAGAAGAGAUUCAAGCAUUGCAGAGCUUUUCCUUUUUCUGCAUGGUCCCAAAUGAAAGCCAUCAAUAUAUUGGCAUUAUCCGUUUACUUCAGUAUUUCAGAUGGACAUGGGUUGGGCUGUUUGUUGUGGAUGAUAACACGGGGGAACAUUUCUUGAAGACCCUGGAGCCACUGUUUUCCAAGCAUGGAAUCUGUUCAGCCUUCACAAAAAGAAUCCCAGAGCAAGUUUCUAUGGAAAAUGUAGAUGAAAUACUGGAUAAAAUUGAAAGAAUUUAUGUAUCUCUCACGGAUAACAAGGCCAGAACCCUUAUCUGCUAUGGAGAAUCUUUGACAAUUGCCUGGCUGAGAAUUGUUAAUCUUUUUCAUGAUCAUGGGCAUAAGGAAAGUGGUUCAUUUGGAAAGGUAUGGGUUAUGACAUCCCAGAUAGAUUUCACAUCUACUGGCCCUCAGAGAAACUGGGAUUUCCAGCUUUUCCAAGGUGCACUUUCCUUCACAAUUCAGUCAAGAGAGCUUCCAGACUUUUCAGAAUUUCUCCAGAGUAUCAAGCCUUCCAGGACCCAAGCAGAUGGUUUUUUCAAGGGCUUCUGGGAGCAAGCAUUUGACUGUUUAUUUCCAGAUCCAGGGAUGUCUAUUAUGGAUGGAGACAUGUGUACUGGAGAGGAGAGGCUAGAAAGUCUUCCUGCGGGUAUUUUUGAAAUGCACGUGACAGGCCAUAGCUACAGUGUAUAUAAUGCUGUCUAUGUUUUGGCUCAUGCUCUGCAUACCUUCUACUCAUCCCAAUCCAAGCAAAGACCAAGGGCAUAUGGUAGAAGUAUUGAAAUUCAGUCUCUGCAGCCUUGGCAGGUUGGCUUAUUUCUGCAAGCUGUUGCAUUUAACAACUCUGCUGGGGUGAUGGUGUCCUUCAAUGAUAAAGGGGAAUUGAGUGGUGGAUAUGACAUUACGAACCUGGUCACAUUCCACAACAACUCUUUCCAGAGAGUGAAAGUUGGGAGAGUGGAUCCCAGUGAAGAAGAAGUCUUCACCAUUAAUGAAGAUCUAAUUGUCUGGCAUAAAACAUUUAAUCAGUAUGAUUGUGCUCCAUGUCCAGAAGGGAAGAUUUCAGACCAGAAAGAUACAGAAGACUGUUUCCAGUGCCCGGCAGACCAAUAUUCAAACAAAAACAGAGAUGCUUGCAUCACCAAAAUUAGAAACUUUCUCUCUUAUAAAGAACCUCUGGGGAUCAGUUUAGCUUCAGUUGCUGUUUUUUUGUCCAUCAUCACAGCUGUGGUGCUAGGGAUAUUUAUUAAGCACAAGGACACACCCAUAGUCAAAGCAAACAAUCGGGACCUCACCUACACUCUUCUCCUCUGCCUCUUGUUCUGCUUCCUCUCUUCUUUGUUAUUCCUUGGCCAACCUUGUAUAGUGACCUGCUUUCUCCAACAACCAACUUUUGUCAUAAUUUUCUCAUUGGCUGUUUCUUGCAUCCUGGCCAAAACCAUCACUGUGGUUACAGCUUUCAUGGCCACCAGACCAGGCUCCAGUGUGAGGAAGUGGGUGGGGAAAAGACUGGCCAUCUUCAUUGUUUUAACCUGCUCCCUUAUUCAAGCAAGCAUUUGUACUAUGUGGCUGGCAACCUCGGCUCCCUUCCCCGAUUUGGACUUUCAUUUAGUAAGUGGAGAAAUUAUUGUGCAAUGUAAUGAAGGGUCAGUCACCAUGUUCUAUGGAGUUUUGGGCUACAUGGGCCUCUUGGCCAUCACCAGCUUCGUUGUAGCAUUCUUAGCCCGCAAGUUACCUGACAGCUUCAAUGAAGCCAAGUUCAUUACAUUCAGCAUGUUAGCAUUUUGUAGUGUUUGGGCCUCUUUUGUUCCUACUUACCUGAGCACCAGAGGAAAAGACAUGGUGGCCGUGGAAGUCUUCUCUAUCUUGGCCUCCAGUGCUGGGCUACUGGGCUGCAUCUUUUGCCCCAAAUGCUACAUCAUUGUGUUGAGACCUGAGCUGAACAGCAGGGAGCAGCUAAUAAGAAGAAAACAUUAA